UACUCGCUCUACACUUCCUCUAUCUAGUGGUGAAAACAUAUUGGCCAACCUUCAGUCCCUUAGAGGAAGUUACUAUCGAGAGCAGCAAAAAUAGAGAUUAGCAACCAAGCAGGGGGUUGCAAACUCCGCCAUAGCCUUCGACCAGUCGGUUAAGUGUGUCGGCUGGUGGGGAGAUUCUUGAUGGUGUAGACAUGGAAGAAGAAACAAUCGUGGAAGAGGAAGGAUCAACCAAAAAGUCAGAAACACUAAAGGUAGCUUUUAAUUCGCCUCCCAAGCGCUACAGCGAGAUCUUCAGGGAAUUUGAUAGCCUCGACCUCAGCCUGGCUAUUUCUUCAGAGGAGCUGGAACCUGACUCCCAAUCCAUCCCCGAAUCCAUCUCUACAGAAAGAACCGAAUCCAUGGAGCAGGACAGCGUGUCUCCUUGUGAAGAUACAUGUCCCAUAGAGAUCUGCAUUGAUCCCACAGAUAUCGAGAACCAAUCAGCUGGGGGCGGUGCGGGGCCCGGGGGAGAGCCCGCAGUGAUGGAGAUGUCGUCCCUCUCAGCCCAGGACGCUGACCUGGCCCUGUGCCGCAGCGAGGGGGGCGUGGAGAUGGCCCUGCAGUACACCAAGGCGUGGUGCCGCUACGCCAAGGACCUCCUGGCCUGGAUGGAGAAGCGGAUCGGCCUGGAGCAAGAAUUUGCCAAAAACGUAAUAAAGACCGCAGAGGGCGCGCGCUCCUGUGUGACUCAACAGGAGAUGAUGCCCAUGCAGUACAUCUACACCAUGGCCCUGGAGCAAGACAUAAAGAACAGCCUGGCCUCCAAACAGACCUCAGAACUCAUACUUCAGCGCUGUUACCAAGCCUUGGCUGCUAAAAAGAAUGAGAUUGACAAAUGGCGCAGGGAGUUUAAGGAGCAGUGGGCCAAGGAGCAGAAGAGGAUGAACGAGGCGGUGACGGCGUUGAAGAAGGCGCGGCAGCAGUACCUACAGCGCUGUGAGGAGCUGGAGAAGGCCAAGGCCGGCUCGGCCAAGGCCAGCGAUGACACCUCUGGCUACAAGACCCUGGACAAGAGGCGCAAGUCCAAGGAGGAGGCCAGCUGCAAGGUGACAGAGACUGAGAGCCACUACAGACAGUGUGUGAAUGACGCCAGAAUCCAACAGGAUGAACUGGCGAAGGUCAAAGAGAGAAUAAUCACUCACGUGCGCAAACUCAUCUGUCAAGGAGACAACGUGCUCAAGGAGGCGACGGUCAACAUGUUCUACUACCAGCGGAAGCAGACGGAGCCCGUCCCGCUGGGCUUCCACAACCUGGAGCUCACCUGCCGGCCCCUGGAGCCCGGGGAGCCCUACCUCCUGCACAUCCUUAGCCGGCGGCGGCGCGACCAGCCUCCGCUCAGCUUCACCUUCCAGGAGUACGUGCCCCAGGGCAAGGGGCUGGAGAAGACCAAACGGAAAACAAGUAACCCACUCAGUGCUCUGCAGGACCUGUACCUACCGGACGACGUCCCCAUGAGACGCCCCAGUGACGGAAGGAGAGUUGUCUCCAGCGAUGGCGAGAGCAUGGAGGGAAGCAUGGAGUCUCUGUCCAGCCCUGCUUCGUUUUCAAGGCGGUUGCCCAAAGUCUCGUCCUGCGGGGCGAUGUCAUCAGAAGACCCUGACGACAGGGACAUGGCGACGGAAUCUGACCUUCUGGAAUCCCCUUCAGAAUCUCUGGCCAAAGUACGCAUCCCUUCCAGGGCGGCACUGACUCACAAACUGAGGAAGAUGAAGAGCAAGAUGGUGAAGUGCAAGCAGUGCGAUAAUUACAUCGUGGUGAACGGCGUCGAGUGUGAGGAGUGUGGGUUGGCGCUCCACCGGAAGUGUCUGGAGGUGUGUUCCCUGGUGUGCGAGAACGGGAAGGGGGUGGUGUUCGGGGUUGGCCUCGCCCAGCUGUGCCGGGACCGGCCCAACUCCGUGCCGUUCGUGGUGCAGCGCUGCACGGCGGAGAUCGAGAUCAACAGUCUGGCGGUCGUGGGGAUUUAUCGAGUGUGUGGGUCGAAGCCGCGCAUCCAGAGGCUGUGUCAGGCCUUCGAGGCCCAGGGUGAACAGGUGGAACUGUCGGACAUCUCGCCGCACGACAUCACCUGCCUCCUCAAGCACUUCUUCAAAGCGCUCCCAGAGCCGCUGUUGACCUUUGACCUCUACAGUGACUUCAUCAACGUGGGAAAGGCCAUUCAACGGGCGUACAAGGAGGCCUCUGUAGACGCGACGGGAGUCCCGGAAGACAUCGUGAUCAACCUGUGCACGAUUCUAGAGAAACUCCCUCCGCAUUCCUACAGCACGCUGCAGCACAUGAUGUGCCACCUAAACAGAGUUUCGAUAAACGUCGAGCAAAACAUGAUGUCAGCGGGGAACCUGGGCAUCGUGUUCGGGCCGACUCUCUUGCGCCCCCUGGUGACCUUUGACAUGUCCAUGGUGGCGCUGGUGGAGUCCACCUAUCAGGGCCUACUGGUGGAGGUGCUGAUCGCUCAAUACGACCGGGUGUUCGGGCCCCAGCCCAGGGCCAGUACGCCGCCCCCGCCGGUCCCCACCACGCCCCUGCCGGAGACACCCACCCGACAUCCCUGCCCCCUGGUGGACCCUGAGACCCCCAGCACUGUCCCGGACCAAGGGGGUCCCUGCAGAGACCGGCCCCAGUCCUUAGAGAGUCGAACAAUCAAGAGAGAGUCAAGUGAGGGUUAUAUAUCUGACAAGUCCUCGUCCAAUGAAGCCGUGGACCAGCUCAGCCCUGAGGCCAAUGAGGGAGCAGGCGUGGCUGUGAGCGGAGCCACGAGGGCCCGAAACCCUGAGGGCGCGGGGGCCACAGGGGCCCCGCACUCUGAAGGCGCGGGGGCCCCGGACUCAGAGGCCACAGGGGCCCCGCACUCUGAAGGCGCGGGGGCCCUGGACUCCGAUGAUGCGGCGGCCCUGGAGUCUGAGGCAGCAGGGGGAGCAGACACCGAGGCUCUAUACAGCUUCACCAGACAGCCGGUCAAGUACCAGCGCCACCCCAUCCCCGGAACCCGACGGCCCAAGCCUUGGAGCGGACCCCCGAGCGCCGGGGGCCCCGACACCGAGGCUCAGAGCGGGGGGGGGUCUCUGGAACCAAGAAACCCGGAAGAAGGGACCCCCGGCACCCAGGACUUUGGGGUUGACCCCGGCCAGGGGGCGGACCCGGCGAGUCCCCGUUCGGUCGUACAGCACAUGCUGGCCUUGGACCCCGUGUGGACCGCAGGCGCAGAGCCGGCGGCGUCCGUUUCCACCGCCACCACCACCCCGCCCUCCAGACGAGACAGGGGGUCUGGCGACAGAGCCGAUCCCACCGCGGCGAACGUCCCCUGCGGCGUGGAGGGGGCUUGGCGCGCGGCAGGGAAGGCUGCUGUCUGUCAGUCACCCAAGAGGCUUUCUGGAGAGCUGCCCCUGUCUGUACCCGCCCAGAAGAUCCUGUCUGGGCUGAAGCUCAGACGCAGCAACUCUGGGACGGAUGAGCAGCUUUUUGUGUGAGGAUCUGCUCCUGGGUAAACUUAAUUUGCGGAGUCUCCAAACUAUAGCUGCUGCUGCUGCUGCUGCUGCUGCUGCUGCUGCUGCUGCUGGAUGAAGUCACGUUCACUGUAUAGGCCUAUAUGUCUGGGUUUGAGAUGAAAUACGUGUUGUUUCGUGGCUUUUCUCUGAUCCUUAAAGGGCCUUUAAGGAUCAUUUACACAUUAUAACAUAAUCAGGUAUUCAUCCAAUAAUGCAAUCGACGUCACGCACAUUUGAAGGAUUGUGUCAAUGUCUUUCGGUCUCCUUAUGCUCAUCUGUCCUACAUGAAAGUUUGAAUAGACACAGCUGCUUUUGCACGAGCCAAUACAAUCACGUUCUCCUUUAUUUUUUCAUUUGUGUUAUGCGCUAAUUACUCUCUUGUUUAAAUGCAUCAUGUAAAGGAAGUAAAGUAUGAUCUAAAUGCAAUGUCUUAAUUGUGACAUUGUCUUCACAUAGCCCUUACUUUACUACAUUCCUUUAAAAUCGUCUGAGUGUAAACAGAGUGGGAUCAACCGUUGGAAUAUCUACAUUUUAUACUAUGCACCUGUAUUCAUCUGUCCAGUUGACAAUUGACAAUGACCAUACCAGAUGUAGCAAGACAUUUUCAAACCUUUGAGAACAAAAGACAAAAUGAGUUGCUUGAAACUAGGCUACAAUGAUCGCAAGAUAACCUUUGGGAAACAAUUUUAAUAAAUAUUUUGUUAUGAUCGUUGGCAUAGCUUAGUAAAAUGAGUAUUUGUCUUUAUUUGCCUUUAUGGUGUUUUUCUUUUUUUGUCCUUGGCAGACGCAAGAUCUUUAUUCAGCCACAGGGGGUCAGUGUUCUCAAGUCAAAAGAAAGAAGGCAGCAUGGUCUCAUUUUAGUACAGAAAUCCGAACCACUUGCAGUAAACAACCUUUUGUUA